GGUUACCGCUGCCUCCACCGUAGGAAACCGCGCGGAUUCUUUCCACCUCCCGCCCCUCCUCUCAGCCGCCAUCGUAGUCCCUCAGCUCCGUCUCCAAGGCACCCGCCCGAAGCCAUGGAGCUCGAUCUACCGCCGCAGCCGGCCCCGCCGCUCGCCGACCUCGCCGCCACCGUCCACCGCGCCGCGGCAGCCGCGGCCGCGCUCUCCGCCCCCUCGCCCUCAUCCCACGCCGCUGCCGCGGUGGCCGCCCUCCGCGACGCUCACGCCGCCAUCGGCUCCUUCCUCUCCCGCCUUGACUCGGCCGCCGCCUCGUCUGUCGACGACCAGCCGAUGGCGGACGGCGGCGAGGGGCAGGACGAGGAGGGGGAGCAGAUGGGGGGAGGUGGAGGAGGGGCUCCGGGAUUGCACCCUGCAGAGGAGCAAUCGGCGGAAGCGGCCCGUGCCGCCGUCUUGGCCCCUAGGUCGCCGCUCGAGCGGUGUUUGCGAGGCGGCGGAGGCCGCGGCGUCGGUGCUGGACGUCGAGGGUCGGCGGCGCGCGGCCAUGGAUCUCUUGCUGCAGUUCCAUGCGUGAUGCGUGGGAGGAAAGGAAUGGGUUUACAAGCACUUGCGAACAAAAAAAGCAAUGAUAUUGCUUGCUGGAGCACAUUUUCGUUAAAUGAAGCUCUUUGGUGCCCUGAAUAGGCAACAAUGCCCCCCACAUUGAUGCAGUAGGAUUUGGGAUGAACAAAGUGAGGUGCCAUUUUCAGCUGAAUUAUUUUCAACAGUGAGAUUGUAGUACAUUUUGCUUCUUGAUAAGGGGCGCCCUGAAUCUCCUUUGCUCUCAUUUCCGCCGCAUUACUUUCUUUUCGGUUAUACGACACAUACGAAUAGACUGACAACCUGCCAGCUCAACAUGUUAUAACAUUAUAGUUGUUUUGCAACAUUUUAUUGAACCUUUAGCUUGUUCUAAAGUUGACUGCGAAAAGAGAGUUGCCUGUUGUUCAGGAACGUUUUGUAUCAAAUGGUUGCAUCAUGUUCAACAUAACAUUGUCAGUAGAUGAGCUAGUAGUGAUCAGAUAGAUGAAGACAUCACCCUUGCACACAAGGGCGGAUGAAGACAUCACCCUUGCCUCAGGAGGCUUGCAUUGGUUGCGAAGCAGUAGAGUCUUCUCCAACAUUUUUUGUUAUGGAUGAAGAUGAUGAACAAGAAAAGGGAGGAAAAAGAAGAAGUGAAGAAAGGGAAAAAAGAAGAGCGAUCGAGACACAUGAGUCUCCUACAUUAUCUUUACUACUUAAAAAAUCUUUAACGAGUCUCUCGUCAGUCUCAAGUCUCUAGCCCACUCCUUCUCUUAUCAAAGAGCCGCGCCGCCAUAUGGCCCCCCACCUAACUUCUUCUGAGUGUCACGCCCCCAACCCCCAUCCCCCUGCGUCGCCUCCACCUCCUCCCACUGUGCUUGCCUCCACCACCUCCUCUCUCUCUCUCCCUCACACCACGCUGCCUCCACCUCCUCUCUCUCUCGCACCGCACCUCCUCCUCUCUCACUCUCCCUCACACCGCAAUCAGGACCUGAUUCUCCUCUUGUCAGCUCCCCUCCCCUCCACAAUCCAGACAGCAAGUGGCCUUCGCUUCAGAUCCCAUCGACGACGACUCCCAAUCCUUCAGUGCUGCCUUUCACUGAACUACCAAGCUCCGAUUUGGCUCCUCUCCUCGCCAGACAAAACACAUCGAACACCUCCAUGACUACGCAGUUGGUGCUUGGCGUGCGCCUCGGCAUGGCGGGACUCGUCUCUUUUAUAUCCCUGAGAAUCUGUCUCGACUCGGUUCGGGCGACGUCUGAGGCGUAGAGUUUCCGCUCCGUUCCCCAGGUGGCUCGUAUGUUGCGCUCCUGAUUAAGCCAGGUGCUUCCACUCCUCUGUUUUUGCUUUCUUUCAGUGAUUUUUUGGGGUUUUUUUUUGUGGUGGGGAAUGUUGAUUUGUUCGAAUCGGGGGCAGAUCUAGGGUGGUGGGCGUGUCAGGGCAGCGGGUUCUAGGGUAUGGAGCGUGGGCACGCGGGGGAUUGGUGAUGUGUGAGCCUGAUUUGAGGAAAAAACGUGUUUGUGCAGGAUUUGCGUGAGGAUUUUUUUUUUUGGGUUUGACGAUGAUUGGUCUGCUACAAAUGAUGUGACUGUUGACUUUCCAUUAUAAUUUUUUCGCUUCUGAUACACUUCUGAAUUCUCUGUGGAUGAUUAAUAAUUAUUUGACCCAUCUUAUUGUUGGAGGCAUUAAGUUGCCAACACCCAUAUAUGUUUUCUACUUUUCCUCUAUUAACAAUCCGUGAAAAAAAUUACGUACCUGCAUAUAUCACUUUUACAUUUUGUAACCACCAUUUGUGCUGAUAUUGAACUUAUGUAACUGCAGCUAAUAUUUAUCACCAUGACCUGAAGCUCAAAAAUAUUCUAUCUAAUUCUAACUGCAAAUUGAAGAGAUGUGACUUUGGGCUAGCACUUGCAUUCAAUGAUAGCCCAACAACAGUCUUCUGGACGGUAUGUUAAAACAUGUUCCUUGUAGGAAUAUGUUGCAACCAGAUGGUAUAGAGCACCAGAGCUCUGUGGAUCCUUCUUCUCAAAGGUAUUGACAGGGAAGCCUUUAUUUCCUGGUAAAAAUGUUGUCCAUCAGUUAGACUUGAUGACUAAUCUCUUAGGCACACCAUCAAUGGAUACAAUUUCACGGGUAUGACACUAUAACUUGGGUAAUAAAUUUUGUUUGUGUGUGUAUCUUGAACAUAUACCAUAUACUUGUAAUUUGUAAAUAUGUGAAAUAUAAUUUAGCUAUCCUCGUUUCAAGAUAUUCAUAUGGUUUUGUUCUAUAUGUGAAGGUCUUUGAAGUUAAAGAUGACAUGUAUCAAAUUGGAUUUGACAUUGAGGUAAUUCAACAAAUUUUUGCUGGAUUGGUGAGCUUUAGCAUUCUCUUAAACUUGUUCAUGAACUAUUGUCAAAAUUCUUCGAUUAUCCUAACCUUGUUUUUUCUUGAGAACAAACAGGUAGCUGGAUGUAGGUGUGAGUAUUAGUGAGCCAUGUCAUCAUGUAAUUCUCCUAACAUCUUGUGUUUACUGAAUAGGAUGUGGCUAAUGCUGGUAUAUGAUACCUUUGCCAACUAGCGGGAGGUAUAAAAGAUGGAAUAAACACCAAGUUUUUUCAAUUGGGCAGAUCAUUAAUACCGAUGGCUAAUGUGCACAAUCAAUCAUUUUUGUUUAUUCAUUCAUGUAAAGUUAUCGAGUAAAGAUACAUUGCCUU